AUGAGUGGCCGCAAACGGCUGAGCGUGCAGAUUGUACCUGGUCCAGAUUCAGAUGAGGCACCAGAAGCGCCUCAAUCCUCCGAGCUCGAAGCGCAGAGGUCGCCAAAGAAUGCAGAGGGGGCCUCCACUCCUCGCAGCCCUGAUGGUCGAUCACCAGGAGGCAAUGCGUCACGCACCAGAAGCCGUGGACUCGACGAGAAUCUGGCGACAGUGAUCUCACGCAAGUCCGCCUUCGCUGGGAAGCCCCACUUUCACAGGUAUUCUCUAUUCGCGUCGCUGUUUGACAUCAGAGCUGCGGUGCCAGCUGAUGAGGUUCCGCGAUUGUUGGACCGCAAGGGAACGAAAGCGACAGUUACCUCGGAUUCAACCCAAUGCUUCUGGACACAUCGCUGCAAGAAGCGACUUGUGGGCUGUGGCCGGGCGCUGGUGAGAUCUGAGUCUCGAGUACAUCCAUUGUGCUUUUUUAGUCUGCUGGUUGGUCCCUUUGCAUUAUCGUUCGAGUCCGAAUGCGCGGAAGCUGAACGGCCGCUGAUGUUCUGGGGCAAGCUGCUACACCUUGCAGCUGAGCUGACACAGCAGGCGUGGAUCCUUAUACCGGCCAAGGGCUUUCGAUUACUGGUGCCACCAGACGAGCCGGUGGUCUCAAACUUUUGGAGAGACAGCAUCACGCUGGGAAUGUGGCUGUUUGUGAUGAUCCAUCUGUUCUCGAGCCUGCUGAGCAUCGUCUCGGUGAUGCAUGUGCAGAACGGCAGGGAAGAUGCAUGGGCAUUUGAAACCCUGCGCGGCAGUGGAGGAAGCAUUGGUUGCCGAAGAUUCUACAUGUUUUCCUGGUACUAUACAACAACUACAGUGACAUCCAUCGGGUAUGGUGACGUCACACCUGGAAAUGCGGAUGAGAGGCUGGUGGCAUCCGUGGUCAUGAUUUUAAGCCAGCUUUAUUUUGCAAAGGUGUUUGCUGAUCUGACGUUUUUGACGUCCAUGUACAAUCAAUGGACGCUUCAACGUCAUCAACGAAUGACGCAGACCAGAUCAGCGCUGGAAAGCAUGAAUAUCCCAAAGCAGUUGAUUCAGCGAGUGCAGGCCUGUCAGACAUACGUCUGGGAUGUUCAGAAAGAGCGGCGCGCAAAAAAUUGCUUCGAAGACUUGACGACCCAGCUGCAGGAGGAGGUCAAGCUAGUUCUCUACUCUCGCUUGGUCAUCCAAGUCCCAUUCUUGCAAAUGGUCGAUGCAAGGGCGCUGAGAUUUCUUAUUAGCCGCCUUUCCGAUCAGGUCUUCUUGCCUGCUGACUUCAUCAUAUGUCGUGGAGAAAUUGGCAGCGAGAUGUUUUUCCUGAGGGAAGGUUGCGCUGGGGUUUUCACUUGUGUUCGUGCACCACACUGGGAUGAUGAGGAAAUCAAGCGCGUCGAGAAAGGAAGCCAUUUCGGUGAGAUAGCUUUGCUCACAGGUCAGUUGCGCACUGCGUGGAUCAUGGCCCGCGCCUACUGCCUAACAUCAGUCCUUCAAGCGAGUGCAAUAGAUCACCUCAUGGCCCAAGACCCUACGUCUAUCUGCACGCUGAUCAAGAACUUCCAAGAUAUGCUCAAGCUGAAAGCUUCAUUGACAUGGAAUGAUAUCAAACAAAGAUUAGACCGGGAGUUUGAUCCAGAUGACGUUCUACGACAAGAUCUGUAUGAUUUUGUAUGUAGCGGCGAUGAUGGUCUUGCUCCAGCAGGCCGUGCCGAUCUUGCCCUCGGCAUGCUGGAAGCAUUAGCCUUGGUCUUGUCAAGUGGAAGAGAUCUGCGCAUGCAGAGGGAUGUCAGAGACGAAUUGAAUAGGCCAGCAGGCAACAAAAGCUAG